GUCGCCGCAAGAGCAAGUGCGCAUGCGUACAGCUGUAGAGAGUCGAGCCCUUUGAUUCACGACAUAUUUUGUAUACGCGUAAUUUACGCAUUAAAACGGGCAGAUCGUCGGAGACACGCACCCGGUAUUUAUCUUCAACAUGACAUCACGUGUUGGCAGGGGAAAUGGCUUUAAACCUAAAGACAACGCGAUUCAACAAUUCCAAAUGAGCGCUUCGUUGAAGUCAGAGGUACGUCGCUUGAACGUGAUCCAUCUCCUGGUUUGGCUGCUGGUGGCUGCCCAAGUGACCGUCAGUCGCUUAAAGCUGCUUCCACCCGACACAGUCGCCGUGCCCUACCAAUGGGAGUACGUCUACCUGCUGAGCAUUGUGCCCCUGCUGUGCAGUAGCCUGUCAUUGCCCAAGAACAACAUCAGUUACCUGGUCUUGUCCAUGAUAAGCGCCGGGCUGUUUUCGGUGGCGCCGCUCAUCUACGGCGCCAUGGAGAUGUUCCCCCUGGCGCAGCAGCUAUAUCGCUAUGGGAAAGCGUACCGCUUUAUCUUUGGCUUCUCUGCAGUGACUGUGAUGUAUUUGGUCAUGGUUGUGGCAGUGCAAGUGCACGCGUGGCAGCUCUACUGCAUGAAGCAGCUACUUGAUUCGUGGUUCAAUGCCACACAAGAGAAGAAGAAGAAAUGAUUGCAGAAAAGUAGCAAAUAUUUUUCAGGAAUAUUCUGGUGAUAUGAUUUUAAUCAUAAAAUAAUUAGGGCUGUCAAACGAUUAAAAAAUUUUAAUCGAGUUAAUUACAGCUUAAAAAUUAAUCAUAAUUAAUCGCAAUUCAAACCAUCUAUAAAGUAUGCCAUAUUUUUCUGUAAAUUAUUGUUGGAAUGGAAAGAUAAGACACAAGAUGGAUAUAUACAUUCAACAUACGGUACAUAAGGACUAUUUGUUUAUUAUAACAAUAAAUCAACAAGAUGGCAUUAACAUUAUUAACAUUCAGUUAAAGCGAUCCAUGGAUAGAAAGACUUGUAGUUCCUAAAAGAAAAAUGUUAGUACAAGUUAGAGAAACUUUAUUUUAAAACCCCUCUUAAUGUUUUCGUUUUAAUAAAAUUUGUAAAAUUUUCAAUCAAAAAAUAAACUAGUAGCCCGCCAUUGUUGAUGUCAAUAAUUACUUACACAAUGCUCAUGGAUGCUGAAGCCUAUAAAAUCAGUCGCACCCAAGCGCCAGCAGAGGGCGGCAAAACUCCAUAAAACACAACAAGUGAGCGUUUCACUGUGUACUGUCAUUUAAAUCUCUCUGAGCGGAGCAUCUGCGUUAAUUGCGUCAAAUAUUUUAACGUGAUUAAUUUUAAAAAUUAAUUAAUGCCCGUUAACGCGAUAAUUUUGACAGCCCUAAAAAUAAUACAACUUUUCUCCCUUAACAUUAAUUUAUUUUUAGAAAUGUUGUUUUUUAUGAUUAUUAUAUUUUAUUUAUUACUAUUUUUAUUUUAUCUGUUAGUUGUUGUAUAAGUUAGGACUACUACUUUUUUUUCUUCUUCUUUGCAUUAAAAUGAAUCUGUUUCAUGACAAUAUGAGUUCUUAACAAAACUGACUAUUUUUUUGUUUGUUUGUUUUGCUUUUCAUUGUGGCCAAAUUUUCUUUGCAAUCCUGUACAAGUGUGUAUCUUAAAAUGUAAUUUUUCAUUUCAAGUUGAAAUGACCUCCUUGCGUUUAGCAAAUACAUGUCAUUUUACAAAAACAUCCAUAGAUUAUUAUUUAUUAUAAUUUAUUAAUGUAUUAUUUGUGGCAUUCCUGUUUUGAUUGUCUUUUACAA